CAUACUUCAUCCAAAAUUGACAGAAAAUUCAUUGAGAGGGAUAGAAGAAAUCAAAUGAAACCUCUUUAUCACAAGCUCAAUUCACUUCUUCCUCAUCAAACCUUCAAGGAUGCUAUUUCACUACCGAAUCAGCUGGAGGAAGCCACAAGUUACAUUAAACGAUUACAAAUCAAGUUGGAGAAAAUCAGGGACAAGAAGAACACCCUACUAGAAAUUCAAAGGACAAAUAUGAAUAUGAAUAAGAAGAUGAAUUUGUGGUUAAAAUCUACAAAAAUUGAGAUCCAACCAAUUGGUUUAGCCUUAGAGGUUGUUAUAAUAAUUGGGUUGGAUUCUCAACUUUUGUUCAAUGAAACCAUUCGUGUUCUUCGUGAAGAAGGAGUAGAUAUUGUUAAUACUAGUUAUAAAGUCAAUGAAGAUGUUAUUUUCCAUUCAAUACAUUGCCAAGUAGGAGAAUUUGCCAACGAAGCUGCAAGAAUAUCUGAUAGAUUCAACAAGUUUAUGCAUAAUGAUUAUUAGUCUAAUAUUGCAUUUCAGAGUGUAACAAUAUCUUUCUCUUUCUUAUUUGAGAAACUUUUGUACGGUAACAUGAUUUUGGAAACAAAUUUUGCGCACUCGCAAAAUUGA